AUGGCUCUGGUCUGGGGGCUAACCAUCCCACUGCCACAAUAUGUCAGCCUUCUACUAUUACUUGGGUUCUUUGUCUGGGGGCUUUGGGUGAGGUUUUCUGGGAAGCAGAGUAGGGAGCAGGUGGCAGCCAAGACACACUCAGAGACUUCAAAGCAGCAUAAAUUGGAAAAGAUCCAGAAAUUCACAGGUCAGAAAGAUCCUAUUCUUCAGUUCAAGGCUAAAGAUCCACAGUGGGAAGAAAAUCUCAGGAUGGGUUGCACUGAAGCUAACCUGACAUGCUUUUCAGGACUCCCUAUGGGGUGGUCCCAGGAAUAUGCAGGCUGCUUAAUGGACAGGACUCUUCAACAGAGCGUCCAACACCUGGAAAGUGAAAGAUCAAGUCUUAUGGAAUUGGGUUUGUCUGAAUCACAGGAUAGUUCUUCUUCCACCUCCUCUGUUUUUGUGGCUCAGGGGCCUGUUCUACCCUGUUGUGACUGUAAGAAGGCAAAACAUUCUUCUGACAGUAGCAUCUCCUCUGGAUCAUUCUACAAUUCCAGCCUGUCUCACCUUCCUGUCUUUUCUGAAGGAAUAACUUGGCAACUCCGGAGCCACAUUUUACCUAUUUUACCCCCAAAUCAACCUCCUGUGUUCAGGAACCAAGGCACAUCCCUGCCUUAUUUUAGGCUCUCAGAGCUUGGGAAAUCACAACUUUUUCAGAAUUUGGAAGCUCUUUCAUCCUUAAGACCUCAAAGCACUUUUAUCAACUCUCUUUUUCAAUCCCCAAAUCUCCACAAACAAGAAGAGAAAACAAAGGAUGAGAGAAGGAGCAAUAGUCAUUUGACAUCAGAUCAUAGGCCAAAUGCUAUUUUCAAAGAGAGACCACUAUUGUCAGGGUCAGCUCCAAUCCAGCUCUCUCCUUUGCCUAGGCAAGAGUUAGAGGGACAUAUGGCUUGGAAGGUUUGUACUUUGCGGGAACAAACAGUGCCUCUGCCUGUGAGGGAAUCAUGGGCAAAGCUGAAUUAUUUAACUGAGGUACAAGGAGGAGUCCCUGAACCAGAGAAACCCCAAAUCCACUUAUCUAUGCCCAUUCAUCAAAGCACUGAGCAGAAUAUCAACAAUGAAUCCCAAGACCUUCCAUCAUUUCAGCUCCACGUGAACGUUGGAGUGGAAUCUGGAUUAAACAGAACAGAAACAAAAAUUUCACAGACUCUUAUCCCAGGUAAGCAGUCACAACCUGGGGAUGGCUCCCAAAUCCUUGGAUCCAGGCCCUUAAUGACAUCAAUGGGCACUCCACCUCCCAAAAGUUUAGGAGUUGACAUAGCUCAAGAGGAAACGACUUUACUGCAGAAGGACCCAAGACGUGUGUUAGAGCUUAGUGUAGAGCAGAGGGUCACAGAUCUUCCAGAAAAAAGGAUACAGCAGCAUAAGACCCAAGUGACUAAUGUGGAGCUGACCCCACAGCUACCAUAUCAAGUCAGAGAUCACAUAAAGGUUACUCCAGUGGCAUUACUUCAAGUCAUGGAUUCAAUGGGGAUGAUUCCAGAAUCACAUUCAGAAGUGAUAGAAUCUGUGGGUUUGUUACGACGGCCACCAAAUGAAGUCGUGAAACCAAUGGAAGCCAUGGAAACAGUGAGUGUAAGCCAAAACCCAUCAUAUCAAGUCAUUAAAUCAGUGGAGGUAACCCCAAGAUCUCAGCAGCAAGUUAUGGAAUCAAGGAAGAUGACCUCAACACAGCGGAAUAAAGUCAUAGGCAAUGUGAAGGUAACUCCUAUAGAAUUGCUUCAAGUCAUGGAUCCUAUGGGGAUGAUUAAAAAAUCACAUCCGCCUAUCAUACAGUCAAUGGGAAUGACCCCAAGGAUGAAAUAUCAAGUCAUGGAGUCAGUGAAAAGGACCACAUUGUUGGACCAUCAAGUCAUACCACCAGGAAAGAUGAGUCCAAGCCUACGACAUGCAGCCAUGGAAAUUGUGGAAAUGACGUCAGGGCCACAGCAUAAAGUUAUGGAAUCAGUGGACAUAACAUCAAGGCCACAAAGUCAAGUCACAGAACCACUGAAGAUUACUCCAGGGCCAAUAUGUCAAAAUACAAAAUCACCUGAAAUGAUCACCAGGCCAUUGCACCAAGUGAUGGAUUACCUGGAAGUAACUCCAGCGACACUAUUACAAGCUAUGGAUGUCAUGGGGAUAAGUCCAUCAACACAGUCACAUGUUAUAAAAUCUGGGGGCUUGACUCCAGACACACAUUCACAGUUGCAAGGUAUGGAAUAUGUUCAUUUGACCCUACCAUCAGAGUUUCCAGAUAUAAAAACCAUGGAGUUGACUCUAAGACCAGUACAAGAAGAUAUGAAAUCUGUGGAGUUUGCCCCAAAGCCAUGGUUACAAAAUAUAAGAUCUGAGGAGACAACUCCAGUACCAUUGCUUGAAGAUGUGAAAACUCCUCAAAUGGUAGAAAGUAGGAGGUUGAUUCCUGAGACACAGGUAGAAGAUAUGAAAUAUGAGGAACUGAUCCCAAGAGCACACAUUCAAGAAGUAAAAUCUGUAGAGUUGAACCUCAAACCGAAUCAUCAAGUCACAGAACCUGGAGGAUUGACCCCAUGGCAUCAAGCUUCAGAAUCUUUAAGGAUGAUCUCAGAGCCAGGAUAUCCAGAAACAGAAGCAAAGUUUACCUCUGACACUUGUCACCAUGCAAAAGAAUCUAGGGGGUUGAUACAAUCAUCUUUAGGAAAUACCCCAGGGCCACUGAGCCAAGCUUCAGAAUUUAUGCAGAUGAACUCAAUGUCAUUCCAAGGUACUCUUGAGUCAAUGUUCCAAAGUGUAAAAGCCAUGGGGGAUACUCCAGUGUCACAGCACACAAUACAAGAAUCUUUAGAGUUGGUACCAGGAUCAGAGACGCAAGGUAUGAAAUCAAGGAUGUUGACCGCAGAGUCCCAAGGUAUGAAGUUUGUUCAUCUGAAUCUAGGACCAUUUUCAGAAGUUAUGAACUAUGAGGAGUUGAUCUUGGAACCACAAUUUCAAAAUGUGAAAUCUGUUCCAUUGACCUCAGAACCACAGUCCAAAAGUAUAAAAUCUGAGGAGUUGACUCUAGGGCCAUUAAUGCAUGAUAAUAAUUUUGUGGAUUUACAUGUGCCACUGGAAGAAUCUAGUAGGUUAAUUCCUGAGACACAGUUACAGCAUGUUGAAUCAAGGAAAGUAAUCAUGGAACCACAUUUACAAGGAUUGAAAUCUGUGGGUCUAACUUCCAGACCAAGGCAUCAAGACACAGAGCCUGCAGAGUUAGCUGCUGAGAUCUGCCCACAAGAGGAAGAAUCUGUGAAACUGAUUCCACAGCUAGUCUUGAAAACUGCUGGGGUGAUGCCUAAGCCACAUUUUCAAAAAUUUUCAGAGAUAACUCUAGGUCAAGGCUAUCAAGAUACAGAAACUGUGAGGCUGACUUCUGAGGCUUUGUCCCAAGUAGCAUUAACACAAAAAACAACAGGUCAAGUUAGAGAAUCUACAGGAAUGACUUCUCUAAGGCCACAUCUUCAAGUUACAGAGUCAUCAGAGAUACUCCUAAGGUCAGAAUAUGAAAACACAAAAACUGUGGGGUUAGCAACAUUUCCAGUUGAAAACAUCCAGGAGGUAAUACCAGUACUACCAUAUUCAGAAAAAGGAUCUCCAGAGUUGACUUUAGGACGAGGGAUGCAAUAUGAGAUAUCAGAGCCACUACUGCAAAAUUUGAAAUAUGUGAGGUUAACCUCUGAGUCAUCCCCAUUAGUGGUAGGAUCUAAGCAGUUUAUUACAGGACCAAAACCACAUGUUAUGGAGUUGACUCCAGAGCCACAGCUCCAGGGAGUAAAGUCUAGGCAGUUGGAGCCAGAGCCAAAAUUACAAGAUGUGAAAUAUGUUAAUUUAAUUCAACAGUCAACUACUACCAGAGUGGUAGAAUCAGAGAAGCCAAUACAAGAGCCAGUGCUACAAAGCAUGAUAUCAGAGGAAUUGACUAAGGAGGCACAGUUCCAAGGGCCACAGCUGCAUAGUGCAAGAUUUUCAGAGUUAUGUCCAGAGCUGCCACUUCAAGGAGAAAGACCUAUAGAUUUAAUCUCAGGGUCUCCACAUCAUGGUGUGAAAUCUGAUGAAUUGACCCCAGGUUCCCCAGUGCAAGAAAUAAAAUUGUCAGAUUUUAGCCCAGGACCAAAACAUCAAAGUGUUGAAUCUGUACAGUUGACUGCAGAAUCACAACCUCAAAGUAUGAAAUUUAUGGAACUAAACUCAGGACCAUGCUUGCAAGAUAUCAGCUUUUCUGAUUUGACCCCAGAACCAAAGCAUCAAGAUUUCAAACAUGUGCAGUUUAUACCAGGAACACAGCUUCAAGAUAUAAAGUCUGUAGGGCUUGUAACAGAGUCAUCUUUGCAGUUAAGUCAAGGGCUACCAGUUGAAAAUAUGAAAUCUGUUCUGCCUAUUGAAGGAUCACAGUUUCACAGCUUGAAAUCUGUCGAACUGACCUCAAAACUACAAUUUCAAGAUGUGAAAUCUGAGGAACUGAACCUAGGGCCAAGGCAGCAAGACGUCAAAUUUUCUGAAUUGACUUCAGGGCCAAAGCUUCAAGGUGUCAAAUCUGGGGAGCAAACCCCAGGACCACUGUUUCAUAGUGUGACUUCUGUGGAGAUGACUCUAGAGUUAGGGCUUCAAGAUUCUAAAUCAGCAAAGAUGUCUCCAGGGCUUCAAGGUGUGAAACAGGUGGGGCCAUGGCUACAAGACGUCAAAUUUUGUGAUCUGACAUCAGGAACUCAACCUCAAGGUGUGAAAUCUUCAGAGUUAAACUCAGGGCAACAACAACAAUAUGUGAAUUCUUUUGAGUUCACUCCAGAGCCAAAGAUGCAAGGAGUAAAAUCUAUGAAGUUGACCCCAGGACCUGAGCAGCAAGGGGUUAAGCCUGAGAGGUUAGUACCAGAGCCACUGUUUCAAGGUGUAAAAUGUGUGGCAGUAGACCAAAUGUCAAGCUUUGAAGGUGACAUUUCAUAUAAAUUAGUCUCAGAGCCACAGAUACCAGAUGCAAAAUCUAUGGAGUUGACUCCUGGAUCACAGUUGCCAAGUGUAAACUAUUCUGAGUUGACCAGAAGACCGUGGUUACAAGUUGUGAAAUCCUCUGAAUUGAUCCAAAGACCACAGUUGCAAGAUGUAAAACCUGUAGAGUGGACCCCAAUCUCAAAGCUUCAAAGCUUACAUUCUGAGGCGCUAAAAACAGAGCCACAGCUGGAAGAUACGAAAUCUGUGGAGUUAACACCAGGGCCACAUUUGGGAAGUAUGAAAUCUAUGCAGUUAACAUCAAAGCCACAACUGGGAAAUGUCAAAUCUACAGUGUUAACCCUUGGGCCACAGGUGGGAGAUGUGAAACUGGUAGAGGUGACCCCAGGCUCAAAACUUCAUGAUUUGAAAUCUGAAUUGUUGAUCUCAGAGUCAGAGUUGAAAGAUGUGAACUCUGUGGCCUUAACUCCAGGACAAUGUCCAAGAGGUAUGAAAUCUACGUUGCUAACCCCAAGUCCACAGCUGGAAGUUAAGAAAUCUGUGGAGAUAACCUCAGGGCCACAAAUAGAAGACGUCAUAUCUGUGAAAUUCACCUCAGAUUCCAAGCUUCAAGGUGUGGAAUCUGAUGAGUUGGCUCUGUGUUCAAGAAAUCAAGGAUUAAAAACUGUGAUGUUGGUCCCAAGAAUACAACUGCAAGAUGUGACAGCUGUGGAAUUGAAACUUGGACAAAGGAUGCAAGAUAAGAAUUCUGUGUUUUUUGCACCAAGGUCAUUGCUCCAAGGGCCUCAACUGCAAGGUAUGAAACCUCAGGAAUUGACUACUGAGCCACAAAUGCAAGAUGUGAAAAUUUUGGAGAUAACCCCACGUUCAAAUCCUCAAAGUUUAAAACCUGUAGAGAAGACUCCAGAUCCAGAGCUGCAAUUUAUAAAAUCUGUGAAGUUGACCCCAAGGCUAAAGAAGCAGGUAGUCAAAUCUGUGGAUGCAACCAGAAGACAAAAGUUUCAAGGAGUAAAAUCUGUGGAUUUAGCCCCGAGGCAACAGUUCCAAGAGAUGGCACUUGUGAAUUUAACUCCUGGGCCAAAACAGGUUGGUGAGAUGUCUGUAAUAUCAACAGAGCAGCAAUGUGUGAAUUCAGAGCCACUGAAGAGAGGGUCUAAGUCAGAAGAUGGGAUGUCUUGGGUGUUAACUCCAGAGCUAAAAUUUAAAGAGAGAAAAUUAGUAGAUUCCAACUUUGAGUUAGAGUUGAAAGGUAGGAAAUCAUUUGAAUUGACUCCAGAAUCAAAUAUUCAAGAUGUAAAAUCUAAAGGGUUCAAACUUGAACCACAGUUGCAAAGUAUAAAGUCUCCCAAGUUGACCCCAGGACCACAGCUGCAACAAGUGAAAUCCUCAGAGUCAACUUCAGAGCCACAGCUUCAAGGUGUAAAAACUGUUGAGCUAAAACAAGAGCCACGGCCUGAAAGUAUGAGAUGUAUUCAGUGGAUACCAGGACCUGAGUUCCAAGGUGUGAAAUCUGUAGGGUUAAAUCUUGAGUCACAAUCUCAAGGUGUCAAAUCUGUAGAGUUGAAAUCUUCAAUACAGUUAAGAGACGUGAAGUCAUCUGAAUUGCCUCUGGGGCCAAAAAUUCAAGGUACAACAUAUAUGAAGUUCAACCCUGGGCCACAGUUGCAGAGUUUGAAAACUCCUGAGUUAUCCCCAGGACCACAGCUGCAAGAAGGAAACGUUUUGGCGUCAACCUCAGAGCCACAGCUUCAAGGUAUGAAAACUGUGGAGUUACACCAAAAGCCACAGCUUGAAAGUAUGAGAACUGUUCAGUGGAUGUCUGCGUCAGUGUUUCAAGGUGUGAAAUCUCUGCUAAAUCUUGGGUUGCAAUCUCAAUGUGUCAAACCAGCAGAGUUGAAACCUUUGAUACAGUUAAGAGAUAUAAAGUCAUCUGUAUUGACUCGAAGGCCAAAGCUCCAAGGUAUACAAUCUUUCGCAUCACUCCAAGAACCUCAGCCUCAAGGUCUCAAUUUGAAACCUUGUCUACAGUUUAGAAGUAAGAAAUCAUGUGACCUGACUUCCAAGUCAAAGCUCUGUGAUAUAAAACCCAUGAUGUUCAAAUCUAGGCUUCACUUGCAUGAUGGAAAAUCUCCUAAGCUGAUCCCUGGACCAUGGUUUCAAGAAGUGAAACCAUUACCGUCAUCCCCAGGAACACAGCUUCAAGGUGUGAAGUCUGUAUUGCUUACACAAGAGCCACAGUUUCCUGAGGUGAAAUCUAGGGUAUUAAGCCAGGAGUCACAAUUACAAAGUGAUAAAACUAUAGAGCUGAACUCCCCACUACACUUGAAAAGUAUGAAGUCAUCUGAGUUGACUCUUCAGACAGAGCUUCAAGGUGUGAAAUCUGAGGAUUUCAACAGUGGGCCACAAUGGCAAGGUCUAAAAUCUAAGUCACCACUUGAGACAAAGUCCCAAGAUAAGAAAUUUACUGAGUUAAUCUCUGACUCACAGUUGCAGGGUACUAAAUUGACUGUGGGGACAAAGAUUCAAGGUGUCAAAUCUACAGAUUUCAACCCUGGGUCAUUGUUACAAGGUGUGAAAUCUUCUGGAUGGACCUCAAAGAUAAAGCUUCAAGAUGUAAAACAUAAAGGAUUCAGCCCCAGUCCUCAGUUGCAAGUUCUGAAAUCUUCUGAGCUGAUUCUGGGAUCAAAGCUUCAGAAUGUGAAAUUCAUGUUCAACUGUGAGCCACAAUUGCAAAGAGUGAAAUCUUCUAAAUUAAUCUCAGACUCAAAGUAUCAAGAUGUGGAAUCUGUGAAGUCCAAAUCUGGGCCACCAUUGCAAGGUGUGAAAUCAGAAUCUGGGUUGAUACUGGGGACAAAGCUUCAAAAAGUGAAAUCAGUGGAAUUCAAGUCGGGUCCAAAGUUGAUAGAUAUGAAAACUUCCAAAUUAAUCACAGGUAUAAAGCUUCAAGAUGUAAAAUCUAUGAAUGUCAGGUCUGGACCAAACUUGCAGGGUAUGAAAUCGUUUGAAGUUAUCCCAAGGGAAAAGCUUCAAGGUGUGAAGUCUGCAGAACUGAAACCUAGUCCAAAGUUACAAGGUGAGAAAUCUUCUGAUUUGACUCAGGGGAGGAAGUUUCCAGGUGUGAAAUCUGUAGAGUUGGACUCAGGCCCACACUUACAAGAUAUGAAAUGUUCUGAGCUGAUCGUGGGUAUAAAGCUUCCAGAUGUAAAAUCUAAGCAGUUAAGUUCUAGACCACACUUUCAAGGUAUGAAAUCUUCUGAAGUGAUCCCAGGGACAAAGCUUCAGGAAGUGAAAUCAGUGUUCAACUCUGGACCACAGACACAAAGUAAAAAAUUUUCUGAGUUGAUUCAAGGGACAAAGCUUCAAGAUGUGAAAUCCUUAGAGUUUAACUGUGGACUGAAGUUACAAGGUGGGAAAUCUGAUUUAACCCAGAGGAGGAAACUUCAAGGUGUGAAAUCAGUGGAGUUCAACCCUGGACCACAGAGACAGGGUGAGAAAUCUGAUUUGAUGCUAGAGUGGAGGCGUCAAGAUUUGAAAUCUGUUGUUCCAUGGUUGCAAGGUGUGACAUCUUCAGAGUUAACACCAGAGACAAAGCAACACGUUGUGCAGUCUGUGUUCACUUUGGGCCCUCAGUUAAAUGGUAUGAAACCUAUGUUAUUUUUACCAGAGCAACUGCUUGAAGAUAUAAAGUCUGUGAAGAUGAGCAAAGAGCCAUUGCUUUGUGGUACAAAUUCUACGAAACUGAUUUCAGACUUUGAGCUGCAGAACUUGAAAUGGAACGUGUCUGCACUAGAGCCAUGUUUUCAAAAAGUGAAAUCUGUGGAGUUAAAUCCAGAGCCACAUCCUCAUGGUAUGAAUUCUGAGGAGUUGCCCUCACAUCUCAGGCAGCAGAGUGUAAGAUCUGUGGUGUCUGCACCAGAGCCAUGUUUUCAAGAUGGGAAAUCUCUGGAGUUGAAACCGGAGCCACAACCUCAAGAUGUGAAUUCUAAGAAAUUGAUUUCUUGCCUCAGGCAGAAAUCUGUAGUGUCUGUAUCAGCACCAUGUUCUCAAGAUGUGAAAUCUAUGAAGUCAAAUCUAUUGCUACAACCUCAAAGUGUGAAUUCCUUAGGGUCAUCAUCAUGCCUCAGGUCACAAUGUGUUAAAUCUGAGGUCUUCGCACCACAGCCAUGUCUUCAAAAUGUGAAACCUGUAGAGUUGACACCAGGGUCCCAACAACAAGGUAUGAAUUGCCAAGAGUUGACUUCAGGAUUGCAAGGUAUGAAAUCAGUAGUGUCAGUAGCAGAGUCAACUAAGAAGUGCAUACCAGGACCAAUGUUGACUAGUGUCAAAUUUUCAAAUUUAUCUCCAGAAUCACAGCAACAAGGUGUGAAAUAUAUGGAAUCUACUCCAGAACCAAAGUUGCAAAGCAUACAACAUGUAAAAUCGUCUUCAGUGUCUCUGCAACAAGCUAUAAAAUCUGUGGAGUUAGCACCAGAGUCACUGUUUCAGAGAGUGAAAUCUGAGGAUCUAACCCCAAGAACAAGCUUUCAAAUGACAGACACUUCUGAGAUAAUCCCUAGGCCAGGGCAUCAGUUUGUAGAACAUGAAGAGAUGAUUGCAAAGCCAAGGCAACAAGUCCCUAAAUCUGUGAGGUUGAUUUCAGUACCAACCUAUCAAGUCACAGAUUCUUCAAAAAUGGCACAAAGGUUGGCACAUGAAGGCAAAGAAACUGUAGAGAAAUCUGUGAAUUUGACCCCAAAGCCAAAAGGUAAAGCCAUGAAAAUUUCAAGAAUGCCUCUGGAGCUAGAUCUUCAAGUACCACAGUUUGUUGAUCUGACUCCAGUGCUAUGGAAUCAAUGUUCAAAAUCCUUAGAAUUAACCCCAAAGGAAAGCUACCAAAUCCCAGAAACUCUGGAGUUGCUCUCUCAGUCAGGGCCUCAAGUUAAGGACUUGGGGGAGUUACAUACAGGGCCACUGCAGCAAGUUGUGGAAUCUAAAGGGAUGACCCCUGAGCCUAAGCAUCACAUUACAGAAACUAUGGGGUUGACCUUCAAGACAAAGCUGCAUGGGGAGGAGUUUCUUGGAAUGACCCCCAAACCAAUAAGUAAAGCCACUGAUGCAGAGAGAUCUUCAAGGCGCUAUCCUCCAGCCCGAGAAUCUGUGGAUGUGAUCUCUGAGAAAAGACUGCAAAGGGAUGAAUCUAUAGCACUGAUUACAAAGUCAUUACAUGAUGUCCCAGAAUCUUUGGAGAUGACAGAAGGGCUAAGAUAUCAAGUUCCUGGAUCUGUGAGUUUGACCUCUAAGCGAUUUCUAGGACAGGAAUCUUUAGAGUUGCCCCCAAAGCGAACACGUCAAGUUGCGGGACAUGCGGAAUCUGUAGAGGUCACCACUGAGACAUGGCAGCAAGGGGAGGGAUCAAUGAGGCUAACACAGUCACAGAAUCAAUGUAUGAAAUAUUCAGAAACAGCCCCAGGACCACUGGGUCAAAUUACAGAAUUUACAAGGAUUAGUCCAAAGCCACUAGAUCAAGUCACAACAUUUACAAAGACACAGCUUCAUGUUGCUCAAGCAAUAGGGGUAAACCCAGUAGCUCCCUUCAAAGUUGCUGAAUCUGUGGAAGUGACUCCUGGGCCACCACUUCAAGCUGUGAAGUCUGUGACAUUAACAUUGGGGCCCACCUCUCAAAUGGUAGACUGUGUUGAGUUGACUUCAAAACCACAAGAUAGGAGACCUUCAGAGUUUACCUCAGGUCUAAGGUUGCAAAAUGCAAAAUCUAAGAAAUUAAGCACAGAACCAAAGCACCAAACUUUAGAAAGAAUGGAUUUGACAGGGUUUCAAAUUGUAAAGACUGUGGGGCCACCCCUUCAAAUUGUAAAAUCUGAGGAAUUAGCACCAGGGCCAAUUCCUCAGAUUGUAGAACCAAUAAGAGUAGCCCUAGGAUUGGGGGUUAAAGGAACAGAAUGUUUGGAUUUACUCCCAAUGCCACAUCUUCAAGAACCAGUAGAACCUGUAGAAUUAACUCCAAGGCCAAGUGCUGAAGUGAAGUAUGCAGAAUUAACCUCACAGCUAACAUCUACACUCAAGGAACCUACAGUGUUGACUCAUAAACAAGGGCUUCAGGCUGUGAAAUCUAUAGGGAUAAAAACAGGGCCUCCUCAAGUCAUGGAAUCUGAGGAUUUGAAUCUAGGACAGGUGUGUCAGAAUAAGGACUCUGAGGAGAGAUCAUCAGGAGAAGGGUUACAAAUAGGGAAUUAUUUCUCUAGCUUUCUACACAACUCUUCAGACUCACUCAUCUCAAGCUCUGUCAGAACAUCUGAAUUAGGUCUUUGGGAUUCUGAGAUGCCAGAAGUAUCAAGAGUGUUGGAUAUAAAAAACCUUGGGACAGAUAUUUUGCAUCCUGAGGAGUCUUUUAUAGAACUUGCUAUGAUACAAUCUCCAACCCUUCCCUUAUCCCUUCAUAACCAACCCUCUGAUGAGACAGCUAACACUGUAAAAAACCCAAAUUCUGAGAUCCCAGGAGUGGAUGUCAUAUCUAACGAAAGGAUUAAGAGGAAACAGGUGGAGGAGACAGGGAGCUCACUCCGGAGCCUUUCCCGCCAUCCACCACAAAACUGGAGAUCACUAUCUAGGAUCUUCCAGGCAGGAUCAGGGGCUCGAAGAGGCCUUACCUGGCCUGUCCUGGGCAGGCGACGGAACGUCUGGGAGAGUCGCUCCUGGUGGCAGCGACUACCUCGAAAAUACCUCUCCAGUAUGCUAACGCUGGGGAAUGUCUUGGGGACCAGCAUGGAGAGGAAGCUUUAUUCUCAAACAUCUUUAACAGAAAGAGCCACUACAGAUACCUGUCAAUCUAUUCAGAAUUUAUUUGGGGUUCCAGUUGAAUUGAUGGAAUUUUCCCAGAAUCUGCUUGAGAAGGGUCAAGGUACUAUUUCUCAGCCUUCAAUGGUCAAAAACUACAUUCAGAGACAUACUUCAUGCCAUGGUCAUGAGAAAAGAAUGGCCUUAAGGAUGUGGACACGUGGCUCCAUGUCCUCCAUAAUACAGCACUACUCUGGCACUAGAGUGAGAAUAAAGAAAACAAACUCAAAGCCCUGUGAUAUAUCCCAGGAAGUCAUUCAGCACAUGCCUGUUUCAUGUACAGGGAGUCAGCUUCCUGAACCAGCAAAGUCAGAGUCUUCCUUCAACGUAAUUUUUGCUAGGAGAGAUUCUGUUCCAGUGGAAGAGAGUGAGAACUCACAGAGUGAUUCACAGACAAGGAUUUUUGAGUCCCAACACUCCCUCGAGCCAAGUUAUCUUCCCCAGGCCAAGUCUGAUUUCUCAGAACAGUUCCAGCUUCUACAAGAUCUGCAGCUAAAAAUAGCAGCAAAACUGUUAAGGAGUCAAAUACCCCCCAACGUACCUCCACCUUUAUCUUCAGGUCUGGUUCUAAAAUACCCUAUCUGCCUACAGUGUGGCCGAUGUUCAGGAUUUAAUUGCUGUCAUAAAUUACAGUCCACUUUUGGAACUUACCUUCUUAUCUAUCCACAGCUUCACCUUGUAAGCACUCCUGAAGGCCAUGGAGAGAUCAAGUUGCAUCUUGGCUUUAGGUUGCAAACUGGGAAAAGACCCCAAGUCCCAAAGUAUCAUAGAAGAGAUAGACCCAUCACACCAAGGAGCCUUAGCUCAACAUCACUAAGGAAAGCUAAAGGCUAUACUCAAGCUUCCAAGAGUCCUACUUCUACAGUAGAUUUCCAGUCUGUGUCUUCCCAGUGUCCUGCUCCUAUACAAGUCCACAUCAGGCGAAGGCAAGGUGGCAGACCUGGCCUAGUAGAAAAGACAGAAAUUAGAGAGCCUGGACACUAUGAAUUCACUGAAGUUCACUCUCUAUCAGAGAGUGACUCUGAAAGCAAUCAGGAUGAAAAGUGGGCUAAAGUGAGAACAAAAAAGACCCAUGAUUCAAAACAUCCAAUGAAAAGAAUCCCCAGGGAAGUCAGAACACAAAACACAAAGUUCUACACAAAUAGUACAGCCAUAAUACAGAAGUCCUCUGAGGAAUUACCAAGCCAGUUAAGAAGGAAGAGGAGUGGAGUGUCCCAGACAACUACCCCCUCUUUAAAAAGACAACCUAAGAAAUUCUCCCAACCAAAAUUCAUUCAACUCCUUUUUCGGGGCCUAAAGCAGGCAUUCCAAACAGCACACAGAAUUAUGGCUUUGGUUGGGCAGAAGCCUGAGGACAGGACAAGGCCAGACCAUUUCUGGUCAAGCAAAAACUACCUUCCAAAACAAAAAGCCAGAGCCUAUUGCUUAUCAAGAGAUAUCAAAAGACACAGGAUGCCAACUCUCAAGCUAAGGCCAACAGACCCAACCAUUAAGGAGGAGAGCACAUUGUGGGGAGAAACAGAUCAAUUCAGAUCAGCUCAACAACCAACAGGAAAUAGCUCUUUCCAACCCAGACCUAUACAACUGCCCAAGCCCACAGUUUCCCAAAGAAGUACCACUCUCAAAAACACCUCAAGCAGCCAGUCUUUGGGUCCUGUUCAAAAUGAGAGUAAUAGCAGAGCUAAGAAAAACUUUUACAGAAAUGAAGUCUCUAGCCAGGAGUCCAAGAACUCCAAACCAGGAACCAGAGUUCAUGCUGGAGGGAGACUCUUACAUGGUUCCUCUAUGAAGAGAACCUCACACGGUCACCUUAAAGAAAAUCCCACACACAAGGAACGAAACCACCGCAGCUUCUGUAGGGAAAGAACCUCAUGGAAUUUUUCUGGAAGCAGCCAAUAUACUCCCUCUGACAGGAGCCACCACAGGGCCUCUGAGAAGGGCCACCGAAGUCCCUCUGAGAGGAGAGGACACAGCACUUCUGAGAGAAAACGGUACAGGCCCUCUGAAAGGGGCAGACACAGUCAUUCUGAAAGGAGUGGACACAGUCCCUCUGAGAGGAGCCAUCAAAAUCCCCUCAAGGAGAGACUGAAGCACAGCUCACCUAGAGAGAGGCCCAGAUAUAGUUUGGGUAAAGAUUUCAGGAGUAACUCAAACAUGUCUCCUAGAGACCACACCAAAAAAUCCCCAAAGAGGGCAAGUUUGGAGGCCUGA